AUGGGAAGAGAAUGGUCCAGUGGAGGCAGAUCCAGGAGCAAAUCCAGUGAAACUAAUGGCUGCAUCUCUGCUCUUUACCACUUUUUUCAUUCUCACCAUUUUUACUUUACUUCACGUCAUCAUCAUCAUCACCACCAACCAAGUUUUGAUUCUCCCUCAAGAUAUCCAAAAGGCCUGGUUGCGCCACGAAACAGCUUGGAGUUAACAGAAGAGUCUUCAAUAUCAACAAACUACAAGAGAGAAGACACCUUGAACAUCCCUGUGGGCGGGAAAAGGUCUAACCUUAGAACUAUUCUUUCUGACACAUUCCCUGGUAACUGCAACUCACCUAGCGCUAAGUCACCAAACCUGGUGGCUAGACUCAUGGGUCUUGAUCUUCUCCCUGAUAACUUAGACCUUAAUAGAUCAUCAAGGAAAAGUGUAAGAGGGCAUAGACUCACUAAGAACUGCUCAGGGACAAGAUCUUUGCCUGAGAGCCCCAGGAUUUCCUCUGAUUCCGACGCUCGUCGCCUCUCUCUUCAGCUAAACAGAGAGAACAAGCAUGAAGACUUUGGGAGUUUGAGGCUGAAAGAUGAGGAAAAUGGAGAUAAUGAGAGGGUCAUCACUAGAAGAGUUGGUAUGGAUAUAACAAACUUGCUUGAGAACAGAAGGGCAGGGCCAAGACAAGACCAGAAUAAGCAUAGGAAAGUGAGAAGCAUGUCUUUACAGAAAGAGAACACUCUAAGCUCCAGUCCCACAUAUGUGUCCAAAAAAAAUAAGAUCUCUCAAGAACCAACAAAGAAGCUGACCCUUUCAAAAGAUUCCAAGAAGAACCUCAAAAGCGUAGAUGUACAUCCUCUAAGACCUAUCAACGUAUGCAAGAAAGUGUGUAGUGAAUCAAAGUUAUCUCCUCAUUCAACACCCAAUAACCAAAACAAGCAGAGACAAGCUUUCAUCUCUACAUCAAGAUGUGAUCCUUUACACAAGAAAGAAUGCAAGCAAUUCUCAAACUCACCAGCUGUCUCUGCCACUGAACGUCCCCGGAAACAGAUGAAAAGGGCUGAAAGACCGGAACGUAACGCAGAUGAGACUAUAUCCUCCGGUCAGAUGUACAACUACGAAGAGAAGGUUUCUCAAGAACUCCCAAGUUCCAGUUCUUGCGGUUCGACCACUAUUUGUGCCACCUUCUCGACCACAGGACGAACCAAAAUGUAUUUUGAAUAUCUUCCGGGGAUGAAGAAACUUGAAGAAGAAGAGGAAAGGGUCAUCGCUGAGAUUGAGCGGCAUAUCUUAGACGCACUCGUGCUAGAAACGGUAUCUUGCGUUUGAGGAAAUAAACGAGGCGUAUUAGUAUAGUAAUAACGAAUGUUUUAUAUAUGUGGGAACGUGAUGAGGACUAUUCUAGAAUAGUGUCUGUGUUUUUAUUCUUAAACGACUAACGAGAGACUCAACGCAUAACAUAACUGUGUGCGUUUUGCAUCUCGCUGAGCAAUAGGUUACUAAUUGUUGUAACCAUCAUUCGAAUUUCGAAGUUUAAUCACUCGUGGUCUGAUAAAAUAC